AUGCACCAAAUCCACACCUCAAGCGAGGAGGAGGAUGAGGAGGACGUGAACCAGGCAUUGGAUCAGUCGAACACUCACAAUCAGGGCUACAAAUUAUCCAUCUCCGUUCCCGUUGACGGCGAUUACUGUAGUGCCAUCUCGGACGAGCUCGCCCACCGACGCCGCGCGUACUCCCUCAAAGUGCCCCACCACUUCACGGGGGAGGCAAGCGGUGGUGGUGGUGGGGCGAGCCUCCCUCUGCGCGCACCUUCCUCCGGCGCCGAACACGACGCCGACGUGGAGAGCGACCAGGAGGACAACGAGGCUUGUCGGCAGCGCUACCUCCGCAAACGCAGCGCCUCCCUCAGCCCCGACUUCUGCUUCAAGCUCUCCCAGGCCGCGUCAGCGACGACUCCGCUCGAGGAGGACAUCAAGCGCUUCAAGGAGGCAAAAAUGCGGGGCAUUCCGGACCCCGAGGUGUUCGCGAAGUACCGGAGCAAACAGCUGAAAACGAAUGUGGGUGGCGGGGGCCAGCAGUUGUCGCCGCGUCUGAAGAAUACGUCAAAGUGGAUGAGUCACCUGCCGGAUAUGCUUGAGGCCGGUGCCAUGACAAUUGAAGCGGAAGAAGAGAAGGAAGAGGAAGAAGAUGAUGACGACGAUGGUGGCGGUGACGAAUCUGAGGACGAGGAACCACAUAAUCUUGCCGAAGGCGAAGCCACUUUCAUUCCUCACGACUUCGUCUACAUUCGUCCACACAACGCUAAUUUUGCCAGCAUGGGAAUCGCACACGAGCUUGUCACUCGUCCCAUCGAAUAUCUCGACAUGUCGCGCCACUGGAACCGAAUUGAGCCAGACUUGUCGCAAAAUUCCAAUUCGAAUGACAAGAGCAAAGCGCGGUCACAUGAGAGGCCCGACAGCUCAAAGAAUGGCAUUCGCACCAGCGGCGUGUCAACAAUGCUGUCCAACGAAGGUGAUAACGGCAUCAGUGGGCUGAAAACGGAGGAGUUGGAGAAGCAGAAGUCCUCCGCAGAAGACGAGGAGUUCGAGGCGACGGACACCUUCAACACUCGACGACGACAGCGCGCCAAGUUUCUCAGACUCUUUUGGGAGCGCGCCUGCAGUCACCGGCACCAGCAGAGGCCGCCCCUCCAGGCGCCGCACGUCUCCACCGCUGUCGAGGAGACCCUUCGCCAACAGCCAAUCAGCUGUCAGCCGGGAGUCAGCGGCCAUUGGUCGCCUGAUGGUGGAAGUCUUACCGAGACCUCGCGCAACCUCCACCUGGCCGUCGGCUCCACGACCACGUCCAAGAAGCCUGUUACGCAGUUCCGCAGCGGAUCCAAUGCAUCACAGAAACGCGCCGCAGCACAGGUCGCCAGGGCCAAGGUCAUAAGUUUUCGACCAACCGCCGCCACCACCACCACCACGACCGCCGCCUGCGCAGACCCAAUGUACAACCUAUAUUGGCGGGUUAGUGAAGGCUAUGCGUGUCCCCACAACUCCGCACCCUCACCACCAAGUGGCAUUAAGGCAGCCUCACGUGCACCCUCAAUGCGUCCACCGCUAACCACUCCUCUAGCGCCUUGCACCGCUUCUCCCCACCUCCCCCACCUAACCCCAAGCUUUCACUCUUGCCUCACUCUCGUUUCUGAUUGGUGGGACUUAACCAAUCAGAAGUCAGUGGUCAAAGGUGGGGAAAUUGGCAACGAUUUUGGGCCAGCUACAUUGCCAAAACUUGUUGGCAUUCUUCGAACCUGUAGACCAGAGUGGUUUGCGUGUCCAAUCAACCCCGUACCAGUCUACAUUGUUGUCCAUCGGCGUUUGAAUGUGGCUUCUGAAGGAUUUCGUGUCGCUGCUGCCGAGUUGAUCGUACCUCUCUCUUCUAAAAAAUGCCCACGUGGCCUGGUUUUAUCUCCAGGCUUGGCAGUGACCCAACCUCCCUCCGUGAAUGCCUCGCGCUGCGCCGAAACCAACGACCAGACCGUCUUCGUCAACAGAAACCUGCAAUCUCUUGGUGUGUUCUCCACAACAGCACAAUCGAUCGUUCCUCGUCAGCCUUUUUCUCCAUCCAAUGAGCACUCUUCCCUCAAUCUACUUGUCACGACCCCUUCUCCCACCCUCCUUUGCAUCAUUCUCAUCCCCCGCAUUCAGCAUCCAUUUCUGUUGAAAUCCAUGCUAAAUGGCGCGCGUCGCUUCUUCCUUGCACAGGCCCACGCGGCUUCAGAGACGGAGUGCGACAGAAUGAACAGCGACCUCGGAAGCGAGUACGACUCGUCCUCGGUGUCGGACGAGGAGAGGCUCGGCUCGAGGGGGCACUUGGACCAGCUUCCAGCCGCUGCCGCAGCCUCCGCGACCACGCAGCCGUCGUCGGCGUCCGAGAUGCCUGCCACGACGUCGUCGACGCGCCACGCCAUCCACCACCACCACCAUCCGACCUUUGCGCUGCACGUGAGGACCGUCGGCCUGGACGACGCCGUCGGCUCCAGCGUCUCGCCCACCAACCUCCCCGACGUCAGCCCGAAGCACGGAGGAGGCGGCGCUGGUGGAGUCGGCGGCGGCGGCGGUGUCAGCGGCGACCUUGUCGACGAGGACGCUGAAGAUCCUUUUGCUCUUUGGUACAUGCGAGCCUUCCAGGGCAUCUCCGAUCCCUCUUCUGGCCCUCUUGAAACCGUCUGGUGCUAUAUUUGGGAAGGGAGGAAACUCAAAAAAGUCAACCUCACCCUGUUGGAUAUCGGGUGGAGCAUUAUUCAGGCCGUAGAACGCCAGACGGUGUCGCUGUUCUACCCCAAGCUCUCCUGCGUGUUGGCGCUGCAAAUGGCACUUCUGCCGCUCGUGUUUCACGCCUGGUACUCGCAGUCGCCUGAAGGCGCCCACACCACCCCCUCCGUGCCGCUGGGGCCCUGGUUCGAGACCGACUUGGUCAGGAGUCGGCGCGACAACCACUCCAGGAACCCACUGGACACGCCUGGUGUUCUCGCGCUCUCCCUGUACUACUGGAUCUCAGAUCUGGUCACCAAGGUGUUUUUCGCGUCCCCAGAGUAUCUCAACAAUCUUGUCGGGCAGAACAUGUGGUUUCGUGGUAUUAGCCUCGAUAGGCUGGUGAUUGGACUUGGCAUUUGGCUGCGUCUCAACAUCUACGGCGUCGUCUUUUUCUUACUCUGCGUUGCUGAACGCUCAUUUCAACAGGCAAGCCGAUCACAUUUAUUACGCCUGCUCUACGCAAAGCACUUCUUCGCGCUGACGUCGAGCCACCGCGCCCGCAAGUGCCGCAUUCCGCACUUUCGGCUGAACAAGGUGGCCCACGUGAAGUGCUGGCUGACGCUGCGCUCCUACCUCAAGAAGCAGGGCCCACAGCGCUCCAUUGAGUGCAUCAUCACGGCCGCCUUCUACCUCGCCUUCGCAUUUGGACUCUUCUUCUGCGCCCAGGUACGUCUUCCACGCGUCACUCAACCAACUCUCCAGGCCGCGAUGGAGGAUUCUGUUGAAGACCUCGACAUGUGGUCUGUUCCUCUGUUGGCACCUUUUAGAGAUGGUUCUGUUGAAGACCUCGGCAUGUGGUCUGUUCCUCGCAGUUUGCACCUUCCAGGGAUGAUUCCGUUGAAGACCUCGGCAUGUGGUCUGUUCCUCUUCGUCUACCGGUCAACCUCGACGCAACACAAUCUUGGAAACGGGAAGUCGGCGCUCUGGAUUGACACCGUUGUGAGUGUUCCUGGAGUGAAUGGCAACGGUGGAUUUAAACAAAUUCUUUUACCUCGUUGUAUGUAUGGAAAUUUUGCACUAAUUGUUCUCUCUCUCUCACCAAACCCACACAAGUUUCUAAUGGGCAAGCCAAGUCGACGCUCCGGAGUCUUCUCCAGUCUCGCCACCUGGGACAUCCUGGCGUACACGGCGUCGGUGAGCGUCUUCUUGCUUCGUUUUCUCACCCUGGGAACCAAGAUUACCAAGAAGUACCGCAACGUCUCCGUCCUCAUCACCGAACAGAUGAACUUGUACCUCAGCAUGGAGAAGAAGCCGCACAAGAAGGAGGAGUUCUCGAUCACGAAUCAGGUCUUGCGGCUGGCCGAGAACCUGCUCAAGGAGGUGGACGGUCCCUACCGCAUCUGCGGAUGGGCGGUCAACCCCCUCGUCUACAAUGUGUUCAAGCUCGUCCUCCUCUCCUGCUUCUCCGCCUUCAUUUCUGAAUUCCUCGGGUUCAAGCUGAAGCUCUACAAGCUGAAACUGAACCCCGCCAACUGGUAG